CGGCUUCUCAGUCGUGGCUCCCGAGGUGGCCGUACCGGGGAAGACCACUGCUAUCCUGGUCACCCUCCACGGGAGAGCGGGAGACGAAACCCUGGACCCUCUGAACGUCACCGUCAGGCUGGAGACGCAGGACGCCGAGAACGAUGUCAAGCUGCUGACCACUGCUAGUCAGAUGAUCACAGGCUACGGCAUCAUUCCGCUCAAGAUCCCGUCAUCGCCGGCGUCUCACUGCACCCUUCACACCACUGUGGGUUGUAUAGGCAAUGAGGAGUGCACAGCUAAGAGCCACAGCAUCAUCAGGCUGCUGGGACCGGUCCGUGACGUCAUCGUCAGGCCCGCCCGUCAUCACUACCGACCUGGGGAGACGAUAACCUUCUGGAUCCUCGCCCUGGACCACGACCUUCGGCUGGUGCGUGAGGAGCUGGCGUACGUAGCGCUCAGCGACCCGGCUGGGACUAAGGUGGCUAUAUGGGACCAGCUGUCUUUGGAUGAAGGUGUCCGCAAACUAAGCGCCAUCUUGGCCGCUGCUGCUCGCUCUGGGACCUGGAAGAUCGAGGCCCGCUGUGGUGGAGGCUCAGCCCGAGUGGAGCUCACCGUCGGUGCUGGUGCCAGCAGCACAUCAUCGGCAGCGCCGGCCGCUGAGCAACACUAUGUGGAGCUGAGGUUUGCUGACAGCAUGCGCAGGAGAUACAAGCCUGGACUGCCUUUCGUUGGGCGGGUCGAAGCCAUGAGCACCGAGAAACGCGUGAGAGUGCGCGUGAAGCUGUACGACGACAAAACUGACAUCUACAGUCAGGAUAUUGACAUGUCAACUGGAGAAGGCGGCUUCAUAGUUCCGACUGUGAUGGCUGAUGCACCUUACGUGAACUUGCAGGCUGAACUAGUGGCUGUGGAAGGGAAAGAGAUAGAAACACACUACGUGCUCGCUCGGGAGAGGAUCCGAAGGUGGAACUCUACAUCCAAGUGCUACCUUCUAGUGGAGAACUUGCCGACGCCACUUCAGGCGGGUGGCAUAGCAAGUGCCAGUGUAUGGUCGUCAUGUGGGUGCCGCCAGCGGCUGUUAGCUGCCGUCACCAGCGGCGGCCGAGCCGUCCACUGGGCGGCAGUGCCAGCGCCGGUCCCAGCCAACGACAGCGAUUUGUGCCGAUUCAACUAUACGUGA